AUGUCUCUCUCAAGGGCAGAGGUCAUCAGAACGAAACCCAUCGGAGGGGGGCUGGACAAGUUUCGUGACUCUUUUAAGUCAACAUGUCAAGACCUAGGGCUCCCUGAUUCUUCCAGUGCUCUAAGACAACUUGAGAACGAAGUUAUCCAAAACCUCGCCCUUGACCUAGUAUCCGCAUUUCGAGCCCUUCCUGCCUUACGUGUCUUGCCCUCUGUUAGCGGGAGGAAGAAUCUAUUUAGUGACCUUCUGAGACUCAAUUCAGCAAUCAGCUCAGAUGACUUCAACGUCGAACAACUCGUCCCUUUGCUUACUGUGGUUCUCAACAAUGAACCUGAUGAGGUCAUUUGGGAUCACGUCUACAAUGCCGUUACCGAACACACUCCCCCCCCGCGGUCGCUGCCCUUCCUCGGUCAAACACCAUAUCUACAUAAUACCAGCAGUUUCGUCAAUUCCUCGGAACACCGCAAAUAUGUGGACGCUGUACUGAAGGAGGAACUUGGGUCUCUCUUCGUUGGCGUGCCCGACUUUUAUAAGGCUUUCUUUGGAGACAUAGAAAAUCUUGAAGAGGCAGGAAUCGCUGUCUUUCGAAGAUGUAAAGAAGGAGACAGUCCCAUAUACAGUGACGAGGCGGGCUGGCGUGACUGGCCAGAACAUGCGACCCAAAAUGAAGUCUUACAGUGGCUCACAAGUCAAGUCAAUUUGUUCCGUGACUUGGCUGAAGAACAGGGUUUUACCACAAACACUGAUCGAAGGAUCUGGGCGCGGCCUAAUCAGCCACUUCAAGGAUCUACGGCCGAACGCAAGCUAGAUGUCGGCUUCAUCGGCGGACAGGACACCGAUGGUUCUAACCACCACUGGUCGCAUAUCCUAGUUCCUGGGGAGCUGAAGAGUAAUCCAGAUCUUGACACUGCCUCCAGAACAUGGCUCGAUCUGGGGAGAUAUGUGAGAGAGAUGUUCGCUGCACAAGACAGUCGUCGCUUUAUUGUGGGUUUUACUCUCUGUGGAUCCAUCAUGCGGCUUUGGGAGUUUGACCGUGCUGGAGGUAUUGCAUCCUUGCCAUUCGACAUCAACAAAGACGGACAGCAGUUUGUAUCGGUAGUCUUGGGAUGUCUCUGGAUGAAUGAUGAACAGCUUGGAUUUGAUCCCACCAUCAGAUCUUCAGAGGGAAAACGGUUUAUUGAGAUCGUUCGUGACGGCCACCCGGAACGCCUCAUUCUUGAUGGGCUCAUGAAGCGGGCCCCUUGCGUCGCUGGACGAGCAACAACCUGCUGGAAGGCCCAUCGUGAAGGGGAUGAAUCGAAAACCCCUCUCGUCAUUAAAGAUUCGUGGCAGUACCCCGAGAGAGGGGAGGAAGGUUUACUUCUGCGGGAAGCGACGGAAAAAGGGGUUGUUAACAUGGCAAGAUACUACCACCAUGAGACAGUACGGAUUGGCGAUAAAGUUGACGAUAUCUGCGAUAAUGUCCGCAAGGGGUUGGAUAUGGCAAAGGCGACAAAUUUUAGGCAUUCAGUUUCUGAUGUAUCCCAACGAGCAAGUGAAGCUGGCGACGCAGUGAGGAAGGGCCGCACCACCGAUAUUAGCAGUGUCGGACGGAAGAGGUCAUCCAGCCGUGCUGAUGCGCCACUCCCACCGAGCAAACGCACGUGCUCGAGCUCCCCAACCAAAGGUGGGCGAGGGCAUAUUAUUCAAAACAGAGUUCACCGUCGCGUUAUUAUUUGUGACUAUGGGAAGCCAAUAUACAGAGCGAGCUCUCGCGUUGCCAUGCUUGUUGCGCUUGAGGACUGUAUUGAAGGUUAUGAGUCUUUACACAUGAAAGCGGGGAUGCUUCAAGGUGACAUUUCUACCGGAAAUUUGAUGAUGGGAGAGAACGGAAGGGGGUUUUUGAUCGACUUAGAUCUUGCGAUCAAGGAGCAACGCGAACAGCCCUCCGGAGCACGAGGCAAGACCGGUACGAGAGCAUUUAUGGCGAUAGGGCUUUUGCUUGAGGAGAAGCAUUCUUUCAUGCAUGAUCUAGAGUCGUUCUUCUGGGUUCUCUUUUGGAUAUGCAUCCAUUAUAACGGCCCGAACGAGGGUAGCAGAGUCGUUGCGGAAUUCGACAAGUGGAACUAUGUGACGAUGAAAGAGUUGGCCAAGUUGAAACUGGGGACUGUAUCAGACGAGGAUAUAUUCAACAGCACUGCACAGGAAAAUUUUACGCCAUAUUACGAGCCAUUGAUCCCGUGGGUCAAUAGGAUGCGCAAAGUGGUGUUUCCAAAUGGCGGACCAUGGAAGCUUUACCAUGACUUGAUUCCACAGCAUAAUCUUCGGAAGGCAAUUUGUGAAUGGAAGAAGAUCAAAAGCUCUCUUUCUAAUCCGAAGGAAAAAGGAGCUUCAGAACUUUUUGCUUUUACCAAUGAUGUCACAAGGAAACCUAGUCUCUUUCUCUGGUUACUGAUCAGUGGUGAUCUGUCACUCCAGACCUGCCUUCUCUCUCCACCUUACAGCGACCUCGUGGUGAGUAGCCCUGGAAACAACCCAGCAACCUUCUACCCUGUUUCCAUGGACCCUCUUUUCUCAUCCUCUUAUCAGGACCGUGUCAUCGCUGAAUGUCUCGGGCUGGCAGCACCAUGUCUACCCCCACUGGUUCCCGCCUCCCUGCCGCUGCCAGCUCAUCCCUCUUCUUGGCUCGUCGCCCAGAGCAGCACACCAUCAUUGACUGGCAGCGCGAGCGCGAGCAGCGGCUCAACGCGACUGCCGCCGAGGAGCGCCGCCUGCGGCGGCUGA